AUGUGUUGGGCUUUGGCCAUGGCCAGCCUGGUUUGGUGCACUGCCCAUUGGCUGGGUACCCACAAUAAUCUGGUAUUUGGUGUCGUUAUUCUACAGCAAAUGAAAAUCAAAGCUAGUGACGGCGGAGCUGCAGGCCAAGAUGGGAUAUUCGUGCAUGAUUCAUGGUGCGCAAGUUCUGAAAAGUCUUGUCCCAAAGGACCUGACGCUGUUGGACCUGCCACCUUCAUACCACAGCCCCCCAUACCCCAAGGGCCGUUCACAUUUCAGACCGUUUGGGCCCCAAGCUCUGAAUUGACCUCGACAUAGCGUCAGAAGUGGCACACAUGGAGAAUUAUCGCAGUCGAUCACAAUUAGCAUAACAAACAUGUAGCUGACUUGAGUCUGACUGCGUGCACAUAUCAACGACUUGGCUGUG